AAACGUACGCCAUCGUGGAACUCGAAAGCCCGUUUCUGUGGUUCGGGGAACAAUCGGGGAUUAGGGAAAUUAGGGUUUCCGGAGCACCUCUCUCCUUGCGAAUCCUGCAGCGGAAUCCGGACUACCUCUUGAAUUCUCUGAAGGAGUGAGGAUAGAAGGAGAAAGAGCGAAUUUGGAAGAGAUGGAGAAAGACAGCGAUAAAAUUUGGUGCUUCGUGCUCCCGGUUCUGGUUGCCAUCUUCGUGAUCCGCGUGCUGUACGUAUUAUACUGGACCGGAAAGCCAAUUGGAUCUUCAAAAACGCAUAGUCUGAGGACGCUCAUCGUUCUCGGCUCAGGGGGCCAUACAGCAGAAAUGCUUAGCAUCAUGAAUGUGCUCCAGAAUGAUAUAUACACUCCAAGAUUCUACGUUGCAGCUGCAACUGAUAAUAUGAGCCUUAAAAAAGCUCGGGUUUUGGAGGAGUCCUUGAUGCAGCAGGGGGAGAACAGUGGAAGAAAGAUGAUAGAAGCUGCUCAGUUCGUGCAGAUUUAUCGAAGCCGUGAAGUGGGACAGUCAUACAUAACCUCUGUCGGAACAACUUUGAUUGCAAUGGCUCAUGCACUGUGGCUAACUUUAAAAAUCAGGCCCCAAGUGAUUAUUUGUAAUGGUCCUGGGACCUGCAUACCUCUGUGUGCUUCUGCAUUCCUUUUCAAGUUACUUGGCCUAGGUUGGUCACACAUCUUUUAUGUGGAGAGCAUCGCACGAGUGAGGAAGCUAUCUUUAAGUGGCUUGUUGCUUUAUAAGCUACUUCUUGCUGACCAGUUCUAUGUGCAAUGGCCCCAGUUGCAAAAGAAGUUCCCUAGGGCUCACUAUGUUGGUUGUCUGAUGUAAUGCUCUGAUGCUGCCAUUAUUGUGGCAAGCAUGUUCUUGUGCAUUGGUUGCACAACUGGAGGAUCUGGACGAGAUCUGCAUUUGUUUCUUCAACUUACGAGCGGUAUGUUGGACAGUGAUAGCUCUUUGGCAGACAUGGUCCAAAUUAUGAUUUAGCCAAAGCUCCUGGAUUUGGGAAUUUAUGAUUUCGAUCAAAAUCUUCUCUUUAUUUUUUACAACUGCUUCUCAGUUUAUAUAAGACAAUAUCUGUAAGAAAGUUAUACAAAUCAGCAGCUCAGCUCUACUCAUUUAGAGAGCUGGGUUGAUAAGGAUUAUGGUCAAUAAGUUUUUCAGCA